CAGAUCGUUUUGUGUAAAUUGAACAAUGAAAUAUUAUUGUUCAUCUGCUACAGAAAUAUUUUGAGUCUGUGUUCUAUUGAGCGCAAUUUGCAGUGUGCUCAUACAGUAGAGAUGCAAUUUUAUCUAUUUAGCAUUUUGUGAGAGUGUAAUGUAAUAAAAGAUCACUGAUAUGGAUUGGAGAAAAAUGGUUCUAUUUCCUUCAAUUUUUGUAGUUAUUGUGGUAUCUUUUCUGGCCAAUGAUGUGACCGCUGUCAAACUGCGCUAUCUCUCAGAACCGACCGAACAGUUUGUCACUGAAGCAGAUUUGGGAUACGAAACUGAGAGCUCGGGAUCCACUAGGAGGUUAUGGGAACGUGGCGUCAUGGGUCCGGCGGGCUUCCUUUACAAAUGUUGGUUCACACGAUGGAUAGCCAAAUGGUAUAUAAAGCGCAAAAAGAAACAAGCUAUGAAAAAAGCCAAAAAUAUGAAAAACAAAAUUAAAGCAAAGAAGCCAAAAAUAUGAAAAACAAAAUGAAAGCAAAGAAACCUUUCCGUUGAUUCUUUCAGCAUGACUUUAUCCUCAGUAAAUGAAUAAAUAUCUUCAUAGUAAAUUAAUACAUUCAGGGACGUUUUCAAUUUGAUAAAUUGACUUAAUGCAUCCUGUUAUAAAAUGUGGUUUGGAUUAUUAAAAAUUAUAAAAAUCAA